UGGUUCUCUGUUAUGACAGCUUCCGCUCAGCAUGUAACCUGCAGCUCUGAUUGGCUGACAGCUGCUGACCUACGUAGAAGUCCCGCCUUCUCUCCGGCAGAGGACAGGAUGAACAUGGCGGCGUCUGUGAGGUGCUUACUGCGCUCAGGAAAAGAUGUGGUGUCUGCUGUCGGUCGCAGAGGCUUUCAUCAGAGCUCUCCUGCUGCUGUGCAGAUGAUGGUCCGUGAUGCCCUGAACCAGGCGAUGGACGAGGAGCUGGAGAGAGACGAGCGGGUGUACCUGUUGGGUGAGGAGGUGGCCCAGUACGACGGAGCCUACAAGGUGAGCAGAGGUCUGUGGAAAAAGUACGGAGACAAACGUAUCAUCGACACUCCGAUCACAGAGAUGGGCUUUGCUGGCAUCGCAGUGGGAUCCGCCAUGGCUGGCCUGAGACCCAUCUGUGAGUUCAUGACCUUUAACUUCUCCAUGCAAGCCAUCGACCAGGUCAUCAACUCCGCGGCAAAGACCAACUACAUGUCCGCCGGUCUGCAGUCGGUGCCCAUCGUCUUCAGAGGACCCAACGGAGCAUCAGCAGGCGUCGCCGCACAGCACUCCCAGUGCUUCGCUGCAUGGUACGGUCACUGUCCAGGUCUGAAGGUGGUGAGUCCCUGGAGCGCAGAAGAUGCCAAAGGUCUCCUGAAAUCAGCCAUCAGAGACGACAAUCCUGUGGUGUUUCUGGAGAAUGAGCUGAUGUACGGUGUUCCCUUCGAGAUGUCAGAGGAGUCACAGUCCAAAGACUUCACCAUUCCCAUCGGCAAGGCCAAGGUCGAGAGACAAGGGACUCAUGUCACUUUGGUCAGUCACUCUCGGUAUGUCAGUCACUGCCUGGAUGCUGCUGUCGUCCUCGCCAAGGAGGGAAUCGAGUGCGAGGUGAUCAACCUGCGGACCAUCCGUCCUAUGGAUGUGGAGAGUAUUGAGACCAGCGUGAUGAAGACCAGCCACCUGGUGACAGUGGAGGGCGGCUGGCCUCAGUUUGGGGUUGGAGCUGAGAUCUGCGCCAGGAUCAUGGAAGGUCCCGCCUUCAACUACCUGGACGCUCCAGCCACCAGGGUGACGGGCGUCGACAUCCCCAUGCCGUACGCCAAAAUCCUGGAGGACAACAGCGUGCCGCAGAUCAAAGACAUCAUCUUCUCUGUCAAAAAGACCCUCAAUGUCUGAAUCACACACACACACAAGACAAACCCACCUGAAUCCUCUUUGUCUUGUUCACACAGAUGGUUGAAACAUUUGAACCACGUUGUAAAUACAGCCGAGUGGUUCCUUUCAAAACGCUCCAGAUUGUAAUGUUUUUCGCCAGAUGUUGGUCAAUGAAACGCACAACUGUUUACCUGCACCCAGAGCGGUGGACACACACAGGGUUCGGUCAAGUCAUGGCCUCUGUUAGUCGAUCACAAACUUGACCGAACUCUGUGUAUGGCUCUGGCUGCUCUCUCCACUUCCUCUCCUUCAAAAUAAAAGUUGCUGUAUCCUGUAGGCCUUUCUGUGUUUCUGAGGAAGUUUGGUAUCAACAAAACUGUUCCUGCAUGCUCUCAAAUGUAGACUUGCAGACUGAUUUUAAGACUUAUUUUUUACUCUCAGUAGUUUUGAUGUUAAUAAACUUCCAUAUAUUUCUAACCACCAAAACAUAUUAUACGCAGUCUAAUAAUUUCAUUCCCCGCAUUGACUUGGGUUUGUCUCUGAAAGCAGAAAGAAGAAAGAACCAGCCGAAGUGCUGGAGGUGGACUGUGGUCAGAAAUAUUUAUUGUAGCUGCAGCAGCUCUGUGGAUGUUUUCGUUGCUGUAAAUGACUCUGUUACAGAAAUAAAAACCUUUCAGCCCUU